AUGGCCCUCGUAUCCGCAACAAAAGCCUCCAAGGUUCUCCUGAACACCGCGCUGGAGGUUUCGAAGGACGCGACCAAAAAGGUCGAGGAAAUCUUUCCCGGGGCGGCAGAACAGGCCUGCAUAAUGGCAAGCAAAGCAGCCAAUGCAAGUCAAAAAAUGGGCGAGAAAGCCGGAGAAAGAAUUAUUGACGCCGCAGCCCAGGCGGCCGCAAACCCUUGCAAAGCAGCUGCAGUUAUUGCAGGGGCAGCUGGGGUCACUAUGAUUGCCGCCCCGGCUCUAGUUGCGAUUCCGACGCUAGGUGCUCUCGGCUUCAGCGCGUCGGGGCCUGUUGCAGGAGGCAUCGCAGCCAUUGUGCAAAAUGGUAUAGGCAGCGUGGUUGCCCCUUUACUUUUCGCCACAUGUCAAAACGCGGCUAUGGGAGGCUACGGAGUUGCGACUGUGUUCGGAGCAGUGCAGGCCGGAGGGGGAUUUAUGGCUGGAUCGGCUGGAACGGUGCUAUGGAUGAAAUCGAAGCAGGCAGAGAAGGACGAUAGUAACGGUGGGACGGCGGUCGCGACGAGUGCCAACGCUGAGGCGGCGAUGCCUAAUGCUUCCGAGAGCGGGUACGAAGGUGAUAACAUUGAUAGUGAUUGA